AUGGAACCGUUUCCUAAAGCAGCAACCGAUAUAACGAAUUGUAACGAUGACGAAUAUCUAUCAUCAAUGUCGAGUGUAUACACAAAUGACGAAUUCGAUAAGAUACUUGCAGGUAGUAACAUGUUUCCAUCGAACACAUUUGAUGAUAUCUCAAUUCCUAUUAAUCCAAACAGUAAUAAUGACCAAUUUGAUAUCGAUAUUGUCAUUGAUUCAAGUAGUACUGAAAUCGAUGCUUUGACACGUAGUGGUCCGAUUAAUUAUGAUGACAUAUUUAAAAUAAUUGGCCCUUUUAAAACUGAAUCAAUUGAAACAGAACCAAUUGAACAAAGUAUAUUCACAGAAAAUAAUGAUCCAAUGCAUUUCAAUGAUUCAAAAUGGAAAACUUCACCGUCAUGGUCUGUUCCAAUGGGUAAUUCGUCACUAGAACUAAAAGUUGAUCUUAUUCCAACGUGCACACAAGCUGUGAUUAAAAAACAACAACGAUUAAUCAGUCAGGCAAAAUCGAAAAAAGUCAAAACUGACCAUCAACCUUCAGCAAUUGUCGGCCCAAUGGGUUGUAGUCUAAAUUCGGGCGAUUGUGAACCAUGUACUACUGUACAAAUGUACAAUGAUUUUGCAUAUCAACAACAAAUGAUUGAAAGCUAUGCUAUGGAAUCAAAGAAAAUUCAAAUCGAAUGUCAACCACGUGCGAAAUACCGUCCACGAACACAAAAUGAAAGUAAAAAUGGGGCACACUAUGUACGAUGUGAAGAAGGAGUCAAACCGGAAUAUCCAACAAUUUUGGUUCCUUCAACAUGGAAUUCUCAAUCAGAUGUAAAUAUUAUUGAAGUUGCUUUGAUGGGCAUCGACAAACAACCUCAUCCAUAUUCGAUUGAUAAUAAAACUAGUUCAGAUACAUAUGAAGAUUAUGCAUUAAUCUUUAAACAAAAUGACCCAAAUGUUUUAUACUUCCGUUUAACAAAUGAAGAUUUUCAAAAUGGAUAUAAAACUUUUAUGAUUGAAAUGAUUAAAAGUAAACAAGAUCAUAUUAUAACAAAAGAAUUAAUUCGUACAAGACAACUUGAACAGUCAAUGUUUCGAUUCACACGUAUUUUUCAAGUAGAAACAGAAGAAUUUCAACGUGAUGAAGGUAGUACAGAAUAUUCUUCCAUUAUGACUGAAGCUUAUGGUGAUGUUGAAAUUGAACAUAUGGGUCCACGAUAUGGUCCAAUGUGUGGACAAGAGAUGGUAUAUGUUGUUCUCAAGGGUCGUAUCCUUAAAAAUGAUUUAAAAAUUGAGAUUGUUGAAAAUUUAACUAGUUGGCAUUAUUCAGUAGAAGAUUUCACUAAAAAUGGAAAUAUUAUUUACUUUCAAAUGCCAGCUUUUUCAUGUUCACAAUUUGAUACUAUGAAAGCAAAUAUCAUUAUAUACUAUAAAGGAGAAGAAUUACAUCAAACAAGCUAUCUAUAUAAAGGAUCAUUAGAUCAAGAAUUAGCCGAACUUGAAUCAAAUGAUCCAGGCGCAACUACUGUAUCAGCAUCAAUAUCCAAGAGUUUCGAUCCUUUCGACUUGAUUACAGCUACCGGUGUCUGUCCGACUGUCUCUCCUCGAAGAACAUCGACACUUAAACGUAUAAAAGGUUUGAUUAAAACAGAAAAACAAAAACAAAAACAAAAACGAUCAUAA